CCCCCAUCGGUCUCAUUCCCUCUCCCUCCUCUGGAGGGUGCGCGCUGCUCCCGAGCUGCCGGGGAGGAUCCCGGGCGCAGCAGCCGCAGGCAGCACCGCGGCACCGCCGGGUACCGCGGCCGCGCUCCCCCCGUGCCUGCCCUGCGCUGCCCCCCCAGCGGCACCGCACCGCGUCCCCGCAGCCCCCGGCACGGACAGGAGCCCCACACCUCCUCCGGCCAUGGAGCUGCUUUCCACCCCCAAGAACAUCGAGAUCAACAACAUCACCUGCGACUCCUUCCGCAUCUCCUGGGCGAUGGAGAAGGGGGACCUGGAGAGGGUCACCCACUACUUCAUCGACCUCAACAAGAAGGAGAACAAGAACUCCAACAAGUUCAAGCACCGGGAUGUCCCCACCAAGCUGGUGGCCAAGGCGGUGCCGCUGCCCAUGACGGUGCGGGGACACUGGUUCCUGAGCCCCCGCACCGAGUACAGCGUGGCGGUGCAGACGGCCGUGAAGCAGAGCGAUGGCGAGUACCUGGUGUCCGGCUGGAGCGAGACGGUGGAGUUCUGCACCGGGGACUAUGCCAAGGAGCAUCUGGCCCAGCUGCAGGAGAAAGCGGAGCUGAUCGCCGGGCGCAUGCUGCGCUUCUCCGUCUUCUACCGCAACCAGCACAAGGAGUAUUUCCAGCACGUCAGGAUGCACUGCGGGAACGUGAUGAAGCCGUCGCUGAAGGACAACAGCGGCAGCCACGGCUCCCCCACCAGCGGGAUGCUGCACGGCAUCUUCUUCAGCUGCAACACCGAGUUCAACACCGGGCAGCCCCCCCAGGACUCGCCCUACGGCCGGUACCGCUUCCAGAUCCCAGCCCAGCGCCUCUUCAACACCAACACCAACCUCUACUUCGCGGACUUCUACUGCAUGUACACCGCCUACCACUACGUCGUGCUGGUCCUGGCGCCCAAAGGCUCCUCCGGGGAUCUCUUCUGCAGGGAGCGCCUGCCCCAGCUGGACAUUUCCUCCAACAAGUUCCUGACGUGCUGCGUGGAGGAGGGCGAGCUGGUGUACCGCCAUGCCCAGGACAGCAUCCUGGAGCUCAUAUACACCGAGCCGGUGGACCUCAGCCUCGGCGUGCUGGGGGAGAUCAGCGGCCACCAGCUCAUGAGCCUCUCCACCGCCAACGCCAAAAAGGACCCCAGCUGCAAGACGUGCAACAUCAGCGUGGGGCGCUAAGGGGGGGCCUCGGGCAGGGCCGGCCGGGGGCACAGACCCAUGGAUGCUGCUGGGGGAAGGACGCGGAUGGGCCUGCGGAACCCGGCCCGCGGCAGCAGGGAGCUGGUGGGAUGCUCGCCCGGUGCUGAGGCAGAGCCUGGGCCGCUCAGUGGGAGGAAGCCUUCGUCUCCUGCACCGGCCGACCAGCACCAUCCUCGCAUCGUGAGCCCCGCGCUCUGCCCGCCUCUGUGCAUCCUCUGCGGGACCCCCAUCCCCUCCAGCAUCCCUUUACCCCCCACCCCACGGGGUUCGUCGGAGAGGCUGGAAAACACCCCCCUUCCCAGUCCUGGACUGCGCCCUGGGAUGGAGGAGUGCUGGGGCAGGGACCCCCGCUUUGGGGCACCGGUUUGGGGUGCGGGGCGGCACCGCCACGUCCCCCCCUUGGUGUCGUGCUGUGUUCACUCUCUGCUCUACCCGUCCCCAUGGCAGCCGGAGGAGUCCGGGUGGGGGAGCAGAGCUGCCCCCCCCUCGCCCUGUGUCCCCCCCCCUCUUUCUGCAGCCCCCCGCAUGAGCCGUCGGCAGCAUGGCCCCCGCGGGCUCCCCUCUCUGUGUACCCCCUGCACGCUGUUCCGGUGGGACACAACCACCUCCCCGUCCCAAGCAUCCCUGUGCUGUGCUGGCGCUGUAUCAAUAAACUGUGCGGUCACACCGGCCGUG